CUGUGAUCUAAAACACAUUAAACCUACUACUUUUCAACCCAUUGGUCGUCAGCUCCUCUUGCCGACUCCUAAUUUACCUGUGUUUCCUCAAUCUCCGUCUCUUCUGUUAAUUCGUUUCCUCUUCUUUGAUUUUCUCGAUUUCUUCUCCCCUUUCCAAAACCCUGUUCUCCAUAUUUCUCAAUUCCAAUUUUCUUCAUUCAAUUUAUCAAUUUUUUCGCACAUAGAUCAGCCAUAUUGUUUCUCUCUGAAUUUCUUUUACCCUUUUACAAACAAAAAUCCCUGAAUUCCCAAUUUCCUUAUUUACUAAAUUCGUCAAAUAAUAAGCACACAGAUCAGCGAUGAUGAUGCUAGUAAACUGUUCCAAUUGUCAUACACCAUUACAGCUACCACCAGGUGCACGAUCCAUUCGCUGUGCGAUUUGUCAGGCAGUAACACAGUUGGCUGAUCCACGUACUGCUCCUCCGCCAUCAUCUAAUCAAUACAAUCACCCACCACCUGCUUCCUCUCCCUCUCCCUACAACCACGCACCUCCCGGUCCCCCACCCAAUGCUCAUGGUAGAAAGAAAGCUGUGAUUGUUGGUAUAUCCUAUAGGUACUCUAGGCAUGAGCUGAAAGGGUGUCUCAAUGAUGCUAAGUGCAUGAGACAUCUCUUGAUGAACAAGUUCCAUUUUCCUGAGUCCUCCAUUCUAAUGCUUACCGAAGAGGAGACCGACCCAUACAGAACUCCGACUAAACAGAACAUGCGCAUGGCAUUAUAUUGGCUUGUACAAGGUUGCCAACCGGGAGACUCGCUGCUAUUUCAUUAUUCUGGUCAUGGCUCAAGGCAAAGGAAUUACAAUGGAGAUGAAGUGGAUGGAUAUGAUGAAACUUUAUGUCCCCUGGACUUCGAAACUCAGGGUAUGAUUGUUGAUGAUGAAAUCAAUGAGACAAUUGUCAAGCCUCUUCCUCACGGAGUAAAGCUUCAUGCAAUAAUAGAUGCUUGCCACAGUGGAACCGUUCUAGACCUGCCAUUUCUUUGCAGAAUGAGUAGGAGCGGACAAUAUGUGUGGGAAGACCAUCGUCCUCGUUCUGGUAUUUGGAAAGGAACUAAUGGUGGUGAAGUAAUCUCUUUUAGUGGUUGUGAUGAUAAUCAAACUUCUGCUGAUACAUCUGCUCUUUCAAAAGUAACUUCAACGGGUGCCAUGACUUUCUGUUUCAUUCAAGCAAUUGAGCGCGGUCAUGGAACCACAUACGGAAGUAUAUUGACCGCAAUGCGAAACGCCAUUCGGCAAGCCGGAAGUUCAGGAGGUGACUUUGGUGGCGGUGCUGUCACAUCUCUCAUUUCCAUGCUUUUGACAGGUGGUAGUGUUGGUAUGGGUGGAGGCUUUAGUCAGGAGCCCCAGUUAACAGCUUGCCAGCCAUUUGAUGUGUAUGCUAAGCCAUUCUCCUUGUGAAACUCCUUCUGGCCUCCCCCUUCCUUGGUGUGUUUGGAUUUUGGAUUGUUUGUAAAGAUAGAAAUUUUAUCGGCCUCUAUAAUAUGCUGCUUAUGCAUGAGAAUGCGAAUAGUUUUCUGAUGGUUCUUAAUAAUGGAAUUAUUGUCAACAUAGCUGCCCCUUUAACUGUUGCAGUAUCUACUGAUUUACUGAAUUUUCUUAAGGACCUUUGUUCAAGAAAUUAACUGAGAUGUGACCCUUUUUACUA